UCCAAUCACAGCUGAUCACAUGUAAACACGGAAAUGCCGCAUGUACACUGAUCAUCAGGGCACUGAUGAUCAGUGUGCCCUGAUGAUCAGUGUGGCCCCAGAAGUGCCACCUGUCAGUGCUCAUCAGUGCCACAUGCCAGUGCCCAUCAGUGCCACAUCAAUGCCACAUAUUAGUGCAUACCAGUGCACAUCAAUGCCACAUAUCAGUGCCCAUCUGAGCUGCCUUUCAUUGUCACCCAUCAGUACCAGUCAGUGCCACCUAUCAAUGCCAAUCAGUGCCACCUAUCAGUGCUGCCAAUCAGUCGCCUAUCAGUGCGCAUCAGUGCCAGUCAGU